GGCCGUGUGCGGGACCCCCGCUCCGCCGCCCGGCAGGACAGCGGCUCCGCGGGCGGGCAGGCCGGCAGCGAGCACCCGCACCCCCGCGCAGCUGGCACCGCCCCCCUGACAGCGAUGGCCCCCGGCCAUUGGGAGGGACGCGCCGCCGCCGCCUGCUGGCCCCUGCUGGGCUGAGGUCAGUCGCCGCCCGCCCACAGACUCCAUGGGCGCCGGGUCCCUGCCCGGCCGCCUGCUGCUGCUCCGGCCCGCCAGACCCGAGGAGAAGGCGGCGGGCAGCGUCAGCGCCUGGGAACCGCGCUCGCCUCUUCCCCCGCCGCCGCCGCGCCGCCGCCCAUGAGCCGCCUGGGAGCCCCGCGAGCGGUCGCCGAGGUGUAUGGAGAGCGCGGCCGCCUGUGUGUGCUCGGUUCUUUUCUUACAUCUUCCUCUCAUCUCUGGAAGCUCCAUCCACAUUGGAAUAGGCAGCAAUUAUUCCCAUCUCUAUGAGGAAAGCAUUCUGCCCUGUAAGAAAGAAGAACUUCAGUGUGGCAACGGACUCUGCCUCCUGAACUGGCUGCGCUGUCAUUACAAGAAGGACUGUGGCAGAGACUACAUGUCCAUCAAACUAACAUGCUCAAAAGUUCACUUGAACCAGAGCAGCCCUAUCAGUGAGUUUCCCGGCUACAGUGAAAACAGCAAUGACACCAGCUUGCUGGUCUCCCCCCUCCUGGUAGCUGGAGUAGUGAUUGGACUUGUGCUGUUUCUAUCCUGUGUGACAAUCAUUGUUGGCAGCCUGAGAAAGGAUGGACGCUUAAGACACCCACACCUGAGGAGAGAAGCUACUUAUGCUCCAGAUGGCUUCUCCUACGGUGGCUCAAUUGGAGAGCUGAGAUCCACCUGCACAGAGGAGUUCCCACCAGCUUUUGACUUCAGUUCCUACAUGGAGACUCUCUCUCAGGUCAAUGUCAUGUAUCCUGACUCACCUCCAUGCUACGAUGAGUGCAUUGGGCCUGGAGCGACACAAAUCUAUAUUCCUACAGAUGAUCCUCCACCCUAUUCUCUGACAGAUCCUCGUCAAAGGAAUGAAUUGUCUAUAAACAUUAGCUUGGAAGAGGAGGCAGCCUCUGGGACUACAGGAAGGUCUUCUAAUUAUCCAGUCAGACUGCAAGACUUGCAGCAGCCCAUCUCAUCAAUUUCUUUGACAGCACUCACUCUGGAGGCUGCCCCCACGUAUGAGACGGUUGUGUGUGAACAAAAUAGCCCCAUUCCGCUGGUUCCAAUGGAUGUACUGAAAAAUUCUUCAACUGACUGUCAAACCCUUCUCAACCAAAUCAUCUAAGUGAAAGUGGCUCUUUCCACCCACUCUUUAGGAGGAGUCUGCCAGAAUGAAAAAAAAUGGGGCUUAAAUGGAAGAAUAAAACCCAUAAAACUUUUAUCUAUUUUAUAUCUUUAAAUGAGGCUGGAUUUUUUUAACAGUGAAUUUUGAAAGUUUAGGUAAACUUUUAUCUUUGGGCUUUGAAUUAUUCCCUGGUGUCUCAUAUAAACAACUGCAGAAUAAAACAACAGCAACAAGCAGUUCAUCCAAUCGUUCUGAAGCAUCUGAAAACACAUUCAAGUCAGCCACUGUUAAUGUAGAUACAUUAGCCAAUUGACACGAUUUGUCAAUGUUAUGGUAUUCGCAUGUAGUAGAGCAAAAAGAGUUUUUUGUUGUUUGUGUACGUCAUUGGUACAUUAUAACAAAUGUCUUAGAAAUAAGAAGAAACCUAUAAUUUUUAUUUAAAAUAUAUUUCAAGUAGACAGGCUGGAUAGAAUCUGGAAAAUGUGGUCAUCACAACUACUCAUCUAUUUGAAGGUGAUGAAAGACGAUAUUUUGCUAUUCUUAACCUUUACACAUAUUGCUACCAUGCUUUUGAUGCCAUUCCAAAAAGUGCCAAUCCCACCUCAAAAUUAAAAAAAGAUAUCGGAGUUCUAGAAAUGUCAAUGGAGUCUCAGAAAUCCUAAUUGGCUAGACCUAUAGCAAUGGGUUUCCAGAACUGCUAAUUGAUGAGGAAGGCCUACAACAGCCUUCCUGGUGGGGUUGGUACCUGUGAAAAUUCUAUCACAGCAUGGUGGCUUGGCAUAGCCAUGGCUGGAAAGGUAAUCUGAAAUACUAGCAGGUAGGUUAGGCCUGGUUCUCGUGGUACAAAGCUGUAUUUCCAGGCAUGAGCUAGUCGUCUUUCUCAAUUAUGAGCCUACAGUAUGUUCUAGGGAUCAGGACCUUUCCCUGCAGUAAUUGCCAAAGUGCAAAGUAAAUAAUAGAUGCCAGGAUUUGCCAUGCACAGUGACAUAGUGAAUCUUAUUUUGCAAAAACCCCUUUAAUCAUUCAUGAUCUCUUUCACUGCAAUUUAGCUGUCCAUAAAUCUUGCAUCUGUUCUUAGAUCUCUAUCACUCUUAUAUCUGAGAGAAAUUGACUCAUUCUGGCAAUAACAAUAGAGGUAAACUCUGUAAAUAUGAAGAUUUGACCUUACUUGGUAUGGUGAGCAUACACUCUUUGUGGUCCAGAUCCUUAACUGGUGUAAAUCAAUGUAGCACCUUUGAAGCCAUUGGAUCUGGCCCGUUUUGGUAAAUCUCUUGCAGAUAUUUCCCUGGCAAAAGUCCUUCAAUUUUCAUAUGGGCAGAAAGGACCUCCAUUUAAUAUCUCCUCUGAAGGACAAGUAUGUAAUUACUCCUUAUGAAAAUGAAUACAGUACAUGUUAUCUUUGCUUUAUGUUUUCUUCCAGGUCAUUGAUGAAAAUGAUGAUCCCCCAUUUACAGUUACAUUUUGAGACUAUCAGUUAACCAGUUUUUAAUGUGUGCCAUGUUAAUUUUAUAUUAGUCUAGCUUUUUAAUCAAAAUGUCAUGUCAUACCAACUCACAUGCUCUACAGAUGUCUAAGUAUAUUACAUCAACACUAUUACCUUUAUCAACCAAACUUGUAAGAUCUCAAAUUAAGUUGACAGGAUCUAUUUUCCAUAAACCCAUGUAGAGCUGUAAAAUUUCAUUUCCCUCCUUUAGUUCCUUACUAAUCCAUCACUGACAAUAUUUAAAUCAAGAGUGGAUGUUUUUCUAAAUCUGCUGUAUGAAUUAUUUUGGGGUAGUUCUAUGGCCUGGGCUAAACAGAUCAGCCUGGAUGAGCACAAUAGACCCUUCUGGCUUUAGCAUCUAUGAAUUUAAUAGGACCUUACCCCAUGAAUAGUCCUACUGGAAUCAGUGGGACUCCAUGCAGAAUAAGGUACUAGUCAAGUAAACAGGUGACAGAAUCUGACCUAUAAAUAUUAGAAAGUAAACGAGAGCGUAGAAAGUCUUUCCUUUGUAACUAUAAAGUUGUGGUGCUGGGGGUGUCUCUUGAAGCUGCAAACACGUUGCACCUCACAGGAUCAGGUCCCCAAUCUGUUGUUAGGAACAUACAGCUAAGAAAAUACAUUUUAAAUAUUAUUUUUAACCUGACAAUGCCCCCUUAAUUUAUUUCAUUUCCCUCCAUUAAUUUUCAACGGGUGGUGAAGGGCUCAGAUUUUUCCCCCCAAACUCUCAUUUUGAUGAAGGCGGUGGCGAGAAUGACAGAUUUGUAUUUUGUCGAGUGAGGGAAAUGUUACCAGUGCUGAAACUGUAUCUAAUCAAACUCUCUGUUCAUACACUAGAGCUAAAACAUUCUUAGUACUGUAAUCUGGAUUACAGGUAGCAGGAUUGUUCACAAAUAGCCGUCUGCGCCCCCUUGUGGUGCAUUGUUUUAUAAAAUAAACUCAUCUGUUUAUCAUACUAUGUAGACCUCACUCAAAGGGCCCAAUCCAUCAAAAAUAUGUCCAGCUUCUUUGUCAGAGAGGAACACAGAAGCCAACUAGAACAUCAUCUUCCAUACUCACGUUCAGCAUAGAAGCCAGGCACAUACUUCUGCUGGUUUGGGGCUUAACAAUGAUUUAUUGUUUAUAUGUUUUAAGUAAAACAAAUACUACUAACAAUAGUGUAGUACUUCUAUAAGUAAUUUAGCACUGAGUGCACAAGUAUGUUAUCUUGUCAUAUACUUACUGUAAAGAAAUACUUGCUUUCUGAACAGUGACCAAUGAAAAAGUGCUUCUUUUAGUAAAUAGUAUUUAACUGUUGGGUUUUUUAAAAUUUCUUCCAAAUUAGAAUUAGAAGUAAAAGUACGUUAUUAAUUGUACGAAGUAACUUUGCAAUUAGUAUUUCACUGAAAUGACUUGCAGGAGUGACUUUUUAAAAACUGGUUGGUAAUUCUUUUUAAACAGCUAAAUGUUGAAAGCUAACAUUUCUGCGGAAAUAGUUGGACAAGUCUGAAUGGAAGUGACCCAGAUACUAUUCAGGACAGAGAAUACCAUUAACAGACGUUUGUAUGCAACUAUAACCUCUCUCCAGUAGAUUUUUACUACCACCACCAGAGUAAGAAGAGUGGACUAUCGUUCUUUUUAAUUAUAUAAUAGAGAAAUCUAAUUUCUUAGAGAACACAGGACUAUUGAAAGGUCCAAUCUAACCCCUACUUACUAACCCCUACCUACUGAAGUCAACAGGAUUCUUUCUCCAGAGUUUAAUGGGAGUUGGGUUAGAGAACUAUAUCCUGCUAUCAGGUUUUGCCCCAGACACUCUCUUAACUUCAAAGGGUGCCCAGUGGGCAGGCUGAGUGCAGGACAUGGCCUUUUGUUUAUCUCGUUAUUGUCAGGAAAAACAGUGUGGACACAAUGUUUCUUGCUGUUACCAUUGGCACAUGUCUGUAUUCAUCUCCUUUAUUCGGGGUAUUUUUAGUAUACUGACCUUUGCAGACUGAACUUUUAGUAAAGAACAUACAUGUAAA